CCACCGCGAGCGCCGCCUCAGCCCCUCGGCUCUCCUCGGACUCGGCCUUGCCGCGCGGGAGCUCACCCUCACCUUGCCACGGCAGACGGCACCACCACCAUCCGCGGAGUCGCGACACGUCGGGUUCUGCUGCUAGAUCGGGAGCUCUUUCGCGGGCCUGCUGCUUUUGGGUCUUGUCGCGGCAGCACCGGCGAUCGCGGUCGACAGAGUCCGGUGAGUCCCUGAUCUGCCCUGUCGCCUUGCAUCGGCUGCCGUCGUCUUUGCCUCCCAACGACCGGCUCAGAGCUUCCUGGUCUCGGCAUCUGCGCGCGGGCUUUGGACUGGGGGCAGCGCGACUCGAUCCAGUCGGUUCGCCGGGCAAAUUUCAAUCGCGGAGGCGCCGAGGCGGAAGGUCAAACAUCAAGAUAUUCAUCGCCGGUGCUUCUGGAUUGGGAGGAAGCCGCCCCGCCCGCGAGAAUUCAAAGUGAUUUUGGUUCGGUAGAGCUGUCAGCUGCGUGCCUUGACCCUUGAAUUGGUCUGAGAGGCCGAUUCGGCAGCUGGGGAGCUGUGGCAUGGGAGAUCGGGCGGCGGCGGCAGAGGGGAGAUGGUGAGCGGGAGCUUCAGCCGGAGCACAUCGGCGCGGCUCGCAGCGAGGGGCGGCGUUGGGAGCCCGCGGGUCUCCACACCGGGGGCCGCGCACCGGAAUUGGUGGGCGGCGGCGCCGUCGGGGCCGUCGUUCGAGCGCGUCGCGUUCGCGUUCUUCCUGACCUCCCUCGCGCUUGUGCUCUCCUGCGCGCUGUAUCUGUACGUCUUCCGGCACCCGGGCCGGGACCGUGUGGUCGCCGAGUUCGCCGGCGGCGAGAAUCUCGAGUCCUGCGACGUGUUCGACGGCAUCUGGGUGCCCGAUGAGAGGUACCCCUUGUACAACAGCUCCCGGUGCCCAUUUGCGGAGAGGGGGUUCAAUUGCCUGGCCAAUGGGAGGAAGGACACCGAGUAUCUCAAGUGGAGGUGGAAGCCUCGGGGAUGCGAUUUGCCGCGGUUCAGUGCACGGUCUGUGCUGGAGUGGCUGAGAGGGAAGAGGGUCGUGUUUGUGGGGGAUUCCAUGAGCAGAACGCAGUGGGAGUCCUUCAUUUGCAUGCUCAUGACUGGGGUGGAUGAUCCAGAUACGGUAUAUGAGGUUAAUGGCAACCAAAUCUCAAAGACAAUCCGGUUUUUAGGAGUGAGAUUUGAGUCGUUCAACCUUAGUGUGGAGUUCUUCCGGUCUGUGUUCCUUGUGCAGCAGAUUCCUGCGCUUCGCCAUGGGCGUAGAAGGGUCCGUGCAAUUCUCAAGCUUGAUAAGUUGGAUGAUUUAAGUAGGAAAUGGGCAGAUUCAGAUGUGCUCAUUUUCAACUCAGGACAUUGGUGGACUGCCAGCAAAUUAUUUGACAUGGGUUGCUAUUUUGAAGCUGGAGGUGUGCUUAAACUGGGAACAUCCAUUAAUGCUGCUUUCAAAAUGGCACUGGAAACUUGGGCCUCAUGGGUGAAAGAGAGAGUUGAUUUAAGACGAACGCGUGUGUUCUUCCGUACAUAUGAACCAUCUCACUGGAGUGGCUUAAAUCAAAAGGUUUGUGAAGUAACAGAACAACCUACAACUGAGGCCAAAGGAGAUGACCGGAGAGAAUUUGGGGAUAUACUUGCUGAUAUCGUGGCAAAUACAAAUGUCCCUGUCACUGUACUAAAUGUGACUUUGAUGGGGGCCUUUAGAAGUGAUGCUCAUAUUGGCCUUUGGAGUCAUCCUAAUACCAUACUUGAUUGCAGCCACUGGUGCCUUCCUGGAGUUCCAGAUGCUUGGAAUGAACUUGUAUUUUCCCAUCUAUUGACAAAUGGUGAGUUCCUUAUUACGACAACAUUCUUUUAUGAUAUUUUCUUAGAGCAUGUGCCCAAUUAAACCAAGUAGAAUACUGUGUUAGAAUUGUGAUGCUGAUUCGUAGACCUAGUUUUCAAUAUUUGAGAACCUAGAAGAUAUAUAUGAGGAAUACAGAGCUGUUCCAUGGUUAUCAUUGUUGACUCCAGGAGUUUAGAUAAGAGUUUCGUACUAUUUUUACUUGAUGAAUUACUCCUGAUGGAGUUGAGUGGUGAUGUGAUGCAUUUUUCGUCUGAUUCCACAGGUUGGCGAGGGCUGGUCAGCUGACUGUUGACAUGAUAUACUUAUUUUCCUUCUGUUUCAUAAUUUUUGUUUUAUUUGCUACAAGAAGUCUCUGAGGCAGCGGCAUCUUCAGGCAAGCUGUAUUCAUCUUUCAUUUUCCCCCUCAAUUGCUCACGCAGGAAUGCACAUCUCCUGAGACCUGAGACUUAAAAGUUUUGUAUCAUUUCCUCCUUUGGCUGUUUAGGCAUAGACACAGAUCACAGGCAAACUGUACGUAACAAUAGUUCAUUUACAAAAUUUUGGAAAUUCAAUUCUUAUGCAUGUGACGUAUUUA